AUGUCUCUCAAAGGAAAAGUUAUCUUGGUCACAGGCAGCACCAAAGGCAUUGGCAAAGCCGUUAUCGAGCGUGUCGCGGCAGAUGGCGCCAGUGUCGUCAUCAAUUACUCCAGUGAUGGCGCGCCAGCAGAAGAGAUGGUCAAUAAGAUCGGGCCCGAUAGAGCGCUGGCCAUAAAAGCCGACGUAUCCAGUAUCCCCGAGAUUGAGAAGCUCGUCCAAGCUACGGUGGACAAGUUUGGAAAAAUUGACUGUGUCAUGGCCAACGCUGCUUGCGCGCCCAUGAAUGAUCUCGAGAGUACGACGGAAGAAGCGUUCGACAAGUCUUUUGCGCUUAACGUUAAAGGCCCAUAUUUCCUUGUCCAGAAAUGUGUCCCUCAUAUGCCACGCGAUGGCCGCGUUAUUCUCGUCUCAACCGGUAUCUUGCACAACUCCAAUGUCCUACCUCGCUAUCUCCUCUACGCAGCCACCAAGGGACCCAUCGAGCAAAUGACAAAAGUAAUGGCCAAGGAACUUGGAGCCAAACAUGGCAUUACUGUCAAUUGCAUUGCUCCGGGCCCCACGGCGACGGAGAUGUUCUUUCAAGGCAAGUCACAAGAGAUGGUUGAUAUGAUCGCUGGGUUCAGUCCGCUCAAUAGACUGGGAACGCCACAAGAGAUCGCCGAGGUUGCUGCUUUUCUGGCGGGACCGGGAAGUUCAUGGGUAUCUGGUCAGAUUAUUGGGGCAAAUGGAGGAUCUUUUGUUUAA